UGAUAUACGAAAGCAUUAUUUUUCAUAAUAUUAUUUUAAUUCCAUUAAUUAAUUAAUGCCUACUUAAAAAAGUAAUAUUUCUAUAAACAAUAAAUAAAGUAUAUUUAAUAUCGGACAGUGUUUAUAUAAAUAAAAAUUUUUUCUCCAUACAAAUAGAAUUAUCGAAAUGGUUUUUUAUUUUAAAAAGUGAGGUUAUAUUUUGACGCUAUUUAAAAACAUUUAUAAAUUUUAUUUACUAUCCCCUAAGUGUUGUUUUUCAAUCAUGAAGAAGACAAUCACCUUUGGAAAAAUUUCCACCAAUUUAAUAAAAGAUUCUACAAAAGAAGAAUCUGAAGCCACAAGUUCUGGUUUUGGUACAUUUGGCAAAAAACCUGUGGAACAAAAUAUUGUUACAAUAAACGAAAUUCUACCUGAGGAAGAGGAGGAAACGGAAAAAAUGAAAAGAAUAAUGGGCAUGACUUCAUUUGGCAGAAAAGCCAAAUCAUUUGAUGUUCAGGAGAUGAUGGAAAAUAUUGUCAAAACUGUGAAUGCAAAGAAAUUAGAAAAAAAGACUGAAGGAGAAGAAGAAAAAGCGAAGAAAGAAUCCGGAGAAGAAGAAGACGACGACGAAGAAGAUGAUUUUAUUGGUCCACCUCUUCCAUCGUCAAUUAUUGAGGAAAAUAAAAACAAACUCUCUGAGUCGAAGGAAAAAACAAAAAAGAAAUCAAAUAAAAGCGACGAUGAUGAGGAUGACGAAGACAGUGACAAUGAUUCCGAAGAAGAAGAAGAAGAAGAGGAAGAACAAAGUUUAAUAAGCAAAAUUCCCUGUAGUCACGAGGUGACAAUGACUCAUGGAGUGAAAGCAAUUACAGCAAUUGCCGCCGAUCCUUCAGGAGCACGACUUGCAUCCGGUUCUAUGGAUUAUGAUGUUUGUUUCUGGGAUUUUGGUGGUAUGGAUUCUUCAUUACGAAGUUUCAGAACUCUACAGCCAUGUGAAAAUCAUCCCAUCAAGUGUCUUCAAUAUUCCAUGACUGGAGAUGUAAUUUUAGUAAUUUCCGGAGCAGCUCAAGCAAAGGUAUUGGAUCGAGAUGGUUUCGAAAAAUGUGAAACAGUCAAGGGCGAUCAAUAUAUCACCGAUAUGGCACGAACAAAGGGACACGUUGCCGCUUUAAAUUGUGGAUGUUGGCAUCCAUUUAUUAAAGAAGAAUACAUGACUUGUUCCCAAGAUGGUACCUGCAGAAUCUGGGUGCUAAACAAGCCUCGAGGACACAAGGCUGUUAUCAAAUGUAGAGCACAAAAUGGUGUCAAAACAAUUCCAACAACAUGUGCAUAUAGUCGUGAAGGAAAUGUCGUUGCAUGUGGCUGUGUUGAUGGAUCAAUUCAAAUGUGGGAUCAUAGAAAAAAUUUUGUGAAUCCUUCGCUAAUUAAUCGACACGCACAUCAAUCGGGAUCAGAAAUUUCCAGUUUAAGUUUUUCCUAUCUUGGUCAUUUAUUGGCAUCAAGAAGUUGUGAUGAUUCAAUUAAAUUAUGGGAUUUACGUUCAUUUAAAACACCACUUUCUGAGGCAACAAAUAUUUUCUCACGCUACGACACCACCGAUUGUAUGUUCAGUCCUGAUGAUUCAAUGCUCAUUACUGGCGAAUCAUUAACAAGAAAUGCAAAAUCAGGUCGUGUCUUAUUUUUCGAUACAAAAACAUUUGAAUUGAUAAAUGAAAUUGAUGUGACUAAUUCACAUGUUAUUAAAACUCUAUGGCAUCCAAAAUUAAAUCAAAUUUUCGUUGGUUGUGGCAAUGGUAUUGUUAAAGCGUAUUAUGAUUCAAAUAAAAGUAUGCGAGGAGCAAAAUUAUGUGUUGUAAAAACAAAACGUAAACAAAAGCACAUUGAAAUGGUGUCGACACAACAAAUUAUCACACCACAUGCAUUGCCAUUGUUUAGACAAGAUCGUCCAAAAUCAGUGAGAAAACAAAUGGAAAAAGAUCGAUUAGAUCCAGUUAAAUCGAGACGACCGGAUUUGCCAAUUACUUCGGGACAAGGUGGUCGUGUCGCAUCAUCAGGUGGUACACUUAGCUCUUUUGUUAUUCGAAAUCUUGGUCUUAGUAAGAAAAUUGAGGACGAUCAAGAUCCAAGAGAAGCAAUUCUUAAAUAUGCAAAAGAGGCCGAGGAGAAUCCCUAUUGGAUUGCGCCUGCUUAUAAAAAAACGCAACCAAAAACUAUUUUCAUCGAUGACGAAUCUGGUGAACCUUCGAAUAAACGUCAAAAACAGUAAUUUUACUAUUGUAAAAUUGUUAAUUCAUUGUAAAUAAAGACAUUGGUAUUAUUUUGAAAAUACAAACAUUGUAAUUAGAAAAUUAUGACAACCCCCCACUGUUCUUUUGGUUGUUUCUUCUAUACUUAAAAAAAGGAAUUUCCCACAAAGAUUUUUGUUAAUUAUUAUUUACACCUAAAUUUCCAGGUAACAAAUGGUAUAAAAGAAUUACUAUCUUUAUCAUUUAUCUUAAACAACUGACGCCAAUGUCUGGAAAAAUAAAAAUAUCAGAAAAAGUACAAUAAUAUAAUCGUGAAUGAUAUGAGAAUAAAAAAAUAUAUAUACAUAUUUAUUUUAAACAAAUGGAACAUUUUUUUAAAUGGAUGCUUAAAUAAACGUACAAAGGCAACAUGAUUAUUUACAAUUUUUUUUUAAAUAAAUAAUUAAAUAUUAAUAAUUAAAUUGAUAAAUAUGUUUCUUUAGUAAUAUUUUCAGUAGAAUUGGACGGUGCGGCAUCGAUUAAAAAUACAAUUUUUUUUCCAUAUGUUUAAAAUAAUUUUUGAAAAUAUUAACGUCGAAUAUUUUAAUCGGAGUGGCUAUUUCGCCCGUCGAAAUGAAUGUGUUUUAGAAGACGGGCAAAAUAAGAAAAAUAAAUUAUUUCGCCCGUUCAAGAUAAAAUCGAGUAUCUGGAAGACGGGCGAGUAUAUUAUUUCGUCCGUGAAAUGUUUAAACAAAAACGGGCGAAAUAAUCAAAAUACAAUAUUUAGCCCGCUAGGUAUAAACAGCUGUUGUAUAUUUCAAUUUACAAACUAAAAUUAUUUUAACUUUUAUUUUGCAAUUUAUGUUAAAUAUCAUAUAUUUGAUAAACAAAUUUGAUGGUCUCAUUAAUUUUUUGUGUUUCGAUAAAAAAAAGGGUUUUUCUGAUUUCUUUCUCAGCAGAAUCAUGGUUUUAUAUAUCAAUGUGAGAUUAUACUCCGUAUAGUAUAUUCUUUAAAUAUUGAAAACGACGGUGCGUUGUUUGAAAAUCUAUUUGGUAUCGAAAGUAGUUCAUAUGACAUUCUUUAUUUUGAUUGUCUUCAAUUUUAUUUACUCGUUGAAUUUAGAGAUGCAAAUAUACAAAAAUUUCAGAAAUA